CCCAUCUUGGUGUUUAUGACGUUGAGGCAAGGAUUGAAACUGUAAAAUUCCUGCACUCUGCAACAUUAGUUUCCACUUUUUCUCCACAAAAAUAAUAUUUUCUAUAUAUUAAACCGCUAAUGUUAUUAACUUCCUAAAUUUUGUUUAUACAAUUAUAAAGUGUCUUGAGAAGAAAUAUGCAUAUUAUAGCUUAAUAGUAGUUAGUAGACCACGGACGAAAAAGAUAAGAUCGUGAGUAUGAAUGUAUCGUGUCUCGAUAGCGCAUGUGUUAAUAAUAAUCGCAGAUUUUUUAUAUAAAAACAUAAUAAUAUGCUAAGUAUCAACUUGUCAACGCGUGUAAUAAAAGGAUGCACGUACUUUCUUACAACAUUCAAGAGAAACAGAAAGUUGCGAGAGGUAACCUCUUUCGCGUAUUGUCAUCAUGUUCGAAAGAGGCAACUUCACUCGAGUCCAACCGGCGGUCCGUCGAACGUGUUAUUUUUCAGGACAGACAAUUUCUCUGUCGAGAGCUUACGAAGUAUGUCUAAUGAAUACAAUCGAAGUGACGCGUGGGAUUUGGAAGUGCUGGAGCAGACCAGGGUGAUAGCGACUCCAGGAGAAAGUGCUCAAAUUAUAAAGGAUAUAAUAAAUCCUCGCAAGCCUCCCUCCGAUGGCAAGGUAGUCGUAUCCUUCGACUGCGAGGGCAUAAAUCUUGGUAUCAAGGGACAGUUGACUCUUGUCCAGGUUGGUACGAUGAGCGGCCAAGCGUACGUGUUUGAUUUAUUCACAUGUCCAAGUCUCAUUCAGGCUGGAGGUCUCCAAAAGCUGUUGGAACAUAAAAAUGUUCUUAAGGUGAUUCAUGAUUGUACUAAUGACAGUAUCAAUCUGUACAAUCAGUAUAAAAUUACGUUGACAAACGUUUUUGAUACACAGGCUGCGCACGCAGUGCUUCAGUUUCAAGAAACGGGAAAACCUGUGUACAAAGUUAAAAACGUUAAUCUGAACACUUUGUGUGACCAUUAUGGUGCUCCGUGUAAUCCACUUAAAGAAAAAGUGAAAAAUAUUUAUCGCAAAGAUCAACGCUAUUGGUCCCGGCGGCCUAUGACUCGUGUUAUGCUAAUUUAUGCAAGCAGCGAUGUUUUGUGCCUUGUACCUCAAGUUUAUAAUACCAUGUCUAGACUUAUAAAGCCGGAAAUGCAAGGUCUUUUUGCAGAGUUGUGCGAAGAACAAAUUCAAAUGCACAUAAGACCGGAAGAGAUAAAAGCGCGUAAGAAACAGCGAAUGCUCGAGACCGAAGCGGCAGAUCUGAUAAGAAUGGAAAAAGCGACGAGUAAAAAUAUCGUGCUAAGCAAUUGUGAAAGUCGGCUUCCCCGGUACCUGGAGCUUGCUGAAGAUGAGAAAGAGAAGCUCAAAGGAAGUUAUAAAGUUGCGCGGAAAUUAGAGGAGCUGGGGAACAUGGGUCAAGAUAAAGCUAGUAGCGAUAAUGAUAAAACGGACAAUCUUGAUUAUCAAAAUUUAGAUUAUACUUUGGAAAAUUCCCAUUCUGGUAAAAUGCUUUAA